CCGCGCCCGGGGUCUCCCGCCCUCUCCAGGCGGCGUCUGGAGUCUGAGCCUGGAGCCAGGGAGGAAGCUGCGAAAAAAAGCGGUGUCGCCGCCGCGCCAAGGUUGCUGAGGUCAGGGUCGCCGGGGCCUGAGGGCACCUGCUCGCUGUUCCGCCCUCUCCCUGAUAGCUGUGCGGGAGGCUAGACCGGCAGCGGCGACAGAGGCGACAGCAGCUGCAGCAGCAGCAGCAGCAGCGAAAACUGGAGCGCAGGCAGCAGCGGCAGCCACGCCAGCAGCGACACCAUGGAUCUUUCUUUUAUGGCCGCGCAGUUGCCUAUGAUGGGAGGAGUGUUCAUGGACUCGCCCAACGAGGACUUCAGUACCGAAUACUCCCUGUUUAACUCCCCGGCCAACGUCCACGCAACCUCCAAUGGCCACAGCCAGCCAGAGGAGUCUCCUCGCUCCACCAACGAUGCUGUUCUGCUCUGGAUUGCCAUCAUAGCAACUCUGGGGAACAUAGUGGUGGCACCUGGGUUCCCCAAGAGACAUUGGCAAUGCCUUGUACAUUCUUAACAAGAUCUACAGAGGAGUGGGGACCUGCUGGCAUCCAAUGAGUAGAGGCCAGAAGCGAUGCUCAUCCACAAGACAGACCAGUGGCCGAGUGCUAUCCAGACCCCAAAUGCCAACAGUACCAAAGAUGGGAGAUGCCAUUAGACAUAAGGGUCCAGGGUGAUGGGGAGUUUUCAAAAGCUACAUCGGUCAUGUGUGAAUUGGAGCAGUGAAGCACAGUGGUUGCCCCAAGCUGAGGAAACUUCAGGUGUGGGACUGGGCCUUGGAAACCCAUGUGACAGUUUCCUUUUGAGAAGAGCCUGUGUGGAGACAACCCUGCAAUACAGCUGUAACGCUGAAGCGGAAAUUGUCAAGCGACCGUGGUCCCAGGAUCUGUGGGCUCUGACCCUCACCAGUGCAUGGUUGGAGAGAUUCUGACAGGGACAGGAAGGCUGAGGAACAGCUGUGGGACAAACCCAGCCUCCUUCCUAGCUCUCUCUGUGUCCCCCAUCCCUGAUCCUCAAAUCUGCAGGCAUACUGACUCUUUCUACUAUUGAGAUUUUUCCAGAUUUCUUAAUCAUCACCUGCUGCCUACAGAUGCCAGUUUUUCAUGAGGAGAACAUCAGCCUAGCUCCUGUUUUUGGUUUUGUUUUUUUCUAGUCAGCUUGUAACCACGUGUACCUGGCAUGAAGGAAGUUUAACUAUUGUUCCAGGUCUUUGCUGCACAGGUACCUGUUCUCCAUGUGCUGUUGGCUUCUACUUGCCCUGGGAAGGCUCUUUGCUGAUGUGGGAUUUUGGUGUGCUCUUUUGAAGGCGUGACGGUGACACCUUCCUGUGUUAGCUUUCUUGCUACAGUUGUCAUUUUCUAUUGCAAUAAUUAAACAGAAGGAAAGAUUA